AUGCCUUGUACGGAGAUCAGUCAAACCAGAGGGGCCACGCCGUCCACACGGUGCCCCUUCGAGGAAUAUGAACGGAUCCUCGAGAAGAACCCCAUCUUGGCCCCGACUGGCUGUACAGACCAAUUCUGCCAAGCUGGACGUCUCAUCCACAGCGAUGAGCCAAAAGUCGGGGAGAAUCGUCCCCUUGAAGUGGUGCAGAAUGAAGCAGUGGCAUUUCUCUGGCAGCUGUGGCAGGAUGGCGUGUACACUGAGGAUUGUUACCUAGAAAGGCGCACACAAGUUCUGGAGGAAAUCGCUCGGUCGGCGAAGCAAACAAUCGUCUGGGAGCAGGAGUCCAAGCGAGUGGACACGACCUCGAUCUGGACACAGAGCCCCGAAGAACUUCGUUAUGGACUGCGACUGGCCUGGAGGAACUCGCGCAAGUGCAUCAUGCGCUCCCGGUAUCAAGACCUGGAACUGUGUGACCUGCGACAUAUUCAUACCAGCGUCGGAAUGGCCACAGCACUUCUUGGGGAAGUCACGAAGGCCUUCAACCAUGGCCAGAUUAAGCCGACAGUGUUUGUCUUUCCGCCGAAGUCUGUGGAUGGCAGUGGUCCGAUGUUUUGGAACAAACAGGUGCUGAACUUCGCUGGUUACGAGCUCGAAGAUGGCUCUAUUCUGGGUGACCCGAGUAAUGUCAAGCUGACCCAAGACAUUAUUGACUUGGGCUGGACGCCGCCACGGGCCAAGACCCGAUGGGAUCUUCUACCAAUUGUUGCCAUGGCUGAAAACGACGCACCAGCUCUUGUGGAGGUGCCAGACGCCCUCCGUCGGUUGAUCGAGAUCCAACAUCCGGACUACCCGGAAUUCAAUGAAUUAGGCCUUAGGUGGUACCAAUUCCCAGCUCUGAGUCGAUUGGGUUUUGAUAUAGGUGGAGUUCAGUAUACGGCAACGCCAUUUAUCGGAUGGUACAUGGAUGCGGAGAUCGGAGUGCGUAACCUGGCCGACACGUUCCGCUUCGACGCCCUGCCCGAGGUGGUCAAAGCCAUUGGGUUUGACAUCGACGCCUAUCGUGCAAAGUCGGACCGCGCCCAGGCCGAGCUAAAUUACGCCGUGCGUUGGUCCUUCCUGCAACAGGGUGUUACUUGUGUGGGAACGUUGGCUGCGUCCUCGGACUGGUGUCAGUUUGACGAUGAACAUGCCGCGAAGAAGGGCUACCGACUAAACUCGGAUCCCUACUGGCUGUCACCGCCACAGGGAUCGAUUGUGCCUGUGUGGCAUCGGGGUGGUGCCCCGAACUACCAGCCGAAGCCUAUGAUCUGUCGGAAUCGCUAUGAUCCCGUUAACUCGUGGCAGCGUAGGAAGGGUUCCACGGAUGCGGAUCCAGUCCUUCUGAUAAGGAAAGGGAAUGAAUGGGUCACCGAACCUCUGACUGGUUUCCUCGCUGAUAUCCCAAGCCGAAAGAGGCGUAAGCUGACCGAGUCUCAAGGGGAAGAGAAGCCCUCCACGGUGCAUAUCUAUUACUGCAGCCAGGGUACCACAGCACG